GGGGCUCGGGCCGGCGCUGCAGCGGGAGGCGGAGCCGGGGCCGGGGCCAUGGCAGGCGGAGGGGCAGCGCUGCGCAGGGCGCUGCUGGGAGCGCGGAGGGCGGCGAGGCCGCGGGGAGCUGCCGGUGGGAGCCGCGCUGCCAUGUCUUCACAGGCCCACUGGUUGACGACGGAGGAGAGGAACCAGGUUUUACUGGAUCUCAAGGCUUCAGGCUGGGUGGAGUUGAGCGAAAGAGAUGCCAUCUACAAAGAGUUCAAUUUCAAGAGUUUUAAUCAGGCUUUUGGAUUUAUGACACGUGUUGCUCUACAAGCAGAGAAGAUGAAUCACCACCCGGAAUGGUUUAAUGUCUACAGCAAGGUUCAGAUAACUCUGAUUUCCCACGACUGCGGUGGACUGACCAAAAGAGAUGUGAAGCUGGCUCAGUUUAUUGACAAAGCUGCUGCCUCAGUGUAACCAGGAUGUAAACCACUUCAAUACGGCGUCCACCAGUAUUAUGUAAAUGGUAUCCCUCAUUCCUUGUAACCCUUAUUUCCCAAAUCUCCUGAGACAGGAUGCUUUGUAAAGAGUGGCUUAGCUUUCUUGGCCUUUAAGAUCUUAGUCUUGUGACCCCUCUGGAUGCCUGUGCUUGUCCUUUGCUGGCGCUGGCACUGCACACGGAUGUAGCAGAUAAAUCACCAACAAGUAAGUUUUGAACAGUGCUUUUCUAGAACCUCUGACAAGCUGGAAUGAAAGCAGGAGCCCAGCCACAGGGGUCGGUGUUCCCCAGGCCCACAGGAGCCUGCUCCGUGCCCAGGCACUUCCCUACUAUAGAUUUAUACAUCUCUGCACUUCAAACAGUGGGAGAGCAGCCAGGCUGGAUCAGUCCCUCUGAACUGGUCCCUUCAUCUCUGCAAGCGACCCAUGGCAAGUACAAGGGGUGCUGGUGAGAUCAGUGCAAGCUGCUGCUGCUUCCUUGGAGUUGCAGCUCAACUGGCAAUUACAGCUUUGCAGUUCAGUGUUUCUUCUGUGCUUGUCUGCUGGCUCUUUGAGCCCUUUUGCACACACAGCCCAGCAGCAGUGUGGCUGCCUGAGAACCCUUCCCCAUCUCAGAUGCAGCACUGGGUCCUGCAGCUGCUGAAAACUUUAGCUUUUGGUCCAGCAAGUACAAAAAGAGCCCAGAUUCACACCAUGAAGUGCAGCACGUGGCUGAGUGCGUGGCUGGGCCAGGUCAGGACUCAUCAUCUUGUGGGACUGAGCCAUUAUUUGUGUUGUAACACUCAUACCCGCUGGAUCCAGGCACCAUCCAGAGCUGCCGGCAGUGAAGGAAGCGGCAUUAGCAGGAUUCUUGCUAAGCUGGGCUCUUCUGGAGCUAUGCUCACCCUUUUUUUCCCCCUCUGUAGCUACAAUUACUCAUCGCCAACAUUGUUCCAAGAGCUGCAGAUCCCUCUGACGAGCUUUAAUUUCUGCCUUGGUUUCAAAGUCUUUGUUUUUAUCCGAUGAUCCUCACCGAGACAGAUUUCCACUGCCGGCAGGGAGGUUUCAACCUGCUUAAGGCUUGCAGAAGGGCCUCUGGGCUCCGCAAUCCCGCUGCAGUGUCCCCGACGUGUACUGUCAUGCCCUGCAAGCAGCUCUUGCAGGGGGGAGAUUGACACCUCCCAAAUGCCUGAGUGCAUUGCUCGCAUGACACAGCCAUCAGCUACUGAGAAGGGAGAUCCACGAGCGCCAGCGUCUAUAUCGGGGGGUGUACGCGAGGUGUGUGGUCUCUCAGAUAUGUGGGAUGCAAAAUGCCAGUGGCUGCCACGCGAGUGUUGCUGUGGAUAAAAUAAGAAAGGUAUUUUUUGUUAAUCCUUAGCAAGUGCACUGUCAUGUGCUAAUUGGUCACAGGAAGCAAGGUGACCUAUAGGGAUGCUGGGGAGGGACUCUUCAUUAGGGACUGUAGUGACAGGACAAGGGGUAACGGGUUAAAACUGAAACAGGGGAAGUUUAGAUUGGAUCUAAGGAGGAAAUUCUUUCCUGUGAGGGUGCUGAGGCACUGGAAUGGGUUGCCCAGGGAGGUUGUGAAUGCUCCAUCCCUGGCAGUGUUCAAGGCCAGGUUGGACAGAGUCUUGGGUGAGAUGCUUUAGUGUGAGGUGUCCCUGCCCAUGGCAGGGGGGUUGGAACUGGAUGAUCUUAAGGUCCUUUCCAACCCUAACUAUUCUAUGGUUCUAUGUUGGUAUUUAUUAUUGGUAACACUACUUGGGGGAUCGCAUUCAGACCUAAAAAGACCCAAAUUCUGAGUUCCAAGUUCGCUGCUCACAAAGUGCCUUUCCCCAGUGAAGUAUUUCCCUGAUAUGGUUGGAAGCGGUCACUGUUGUGAGGGAUGAACAGAGCUAAAACAAACAGGGAGGCUGGGAUGUCUCCUGUCACUGGUGGGGGUGUGAAAGGAGCUUCCCCCAAAGUUGUAACAACAUCUCUAACGAGCUGUGAAAACUCUGUUGUUAGCAAUGGGUACCGAACGCGUGCGCUCCGAAUAAAACCAAUCACAUCAAA